GCUGAGGCGACAUGGAUCUCAGCGAGCUGGAGAAAGACAAUACGGGCCGCUGUCGCCUGAAGUCGCCUGUGCCCGCGGUGUGCCGCAAGGAGCCCUGCGUCCUGGGAGUCGAUGAAGCGGGCCGGGGCCCCGUGCUCGGUCCCAUGGUCUACGCCAUCUGUUACUGCCCUCUGUCCCGACUGGCCGAUCUGGAAGCCCUGAAAGUGGCAGACUCAAAGACCCUAUCGGAGAGCGAGCGGGACAGGCUCUUUGCGAAAAUGGAGGAGGACGGAGACUUUGUGGGCUGGGCCCUGGACGUCCUGUCGCCAAACCUCAUUUCUACCAGCAUGCUCGGGCGGGUCAAAUACAACCUGAACUCCCUGUCGCAUGAUACAGCUGCAGGGCUGAUACAGUUCGCGCUGGACCAGGGUGUGAAAGUCACUCAG